AUGAAGUCUUCCGUCUUCGCCGCUGCCUCCGUUGCCGCCCUGGUCUCGACCCACGAGGCUCGCUCGCCGCUUGACCUCGGCCUUGACGUCGGCGACCUCGUCAGCGUCGACCUCUGCCUCGGCCUCGACGUCAAGCUGCCCCUUGGCAUCAGUAUCGAGACCGACGGCUGCCCCAAGCACGGCCCGCCCUCGGACUGCACCAACGUCUGGCACCCCCCCCACGACAUCGACAUCGAUGGCUGCGACAACAACGACGAGUCGGACUGGCACUACGUCCACCCUUGCAAGGGCGACUGCGAUCAUGCGCGGGGGCCUGCUCACCGCUGGACCACCAGCACCAUCACCGAGAAGAGCGUGAGCACCGUCAUCGGCUGCCCCCCCGAUGUCGCCGACUGCCCGGGCCGCAGCACCGUCCACACCGUCGUCACCAUUCCGGCCACGACCACUAUCUGCCCGGUCGCCGUCACCGCCACGACCCUGGCUACGACCCCCGCUGCCUCGUACCCUCCCGUCUACCAGGGACAGCAGCCCCCGGCCACCUACGUUCCUGCUCCUCACGGCCAUCACCAGCCUCCCGUCGACCAGUAUCCUUCAGGCCAGCAGCCUCCCGUCGGACACUACUACCCUUCGGGCCAGCAGCCUCCCGUCGGGCACUACUACCCUUCGGGCCAACAGCCUCCCGCUGGCAACUACCCUUCGGGCCAGCAGCCUCCCGUGGGCCAGUACCCUAGCCAGCAGCCCCCGGUCGCACCCUACCCGACCAACGCCCCUAGCGUCGUCCCCGCUCCGGCCGGCUACCCCGCUGCCCCCGUCGGCACCGGCGCUCCUUACAACCCCGGCUACUCCGGCUACCCCGCUAACACGACCUCUCCCGUUGUCGUGGGCGCCGCCUCUGCCAACGGCCAGAAGCUCGGCAUGGCUGCCGCCGCCAUUGGCCUCGUCGCUGCCCUCUUCCUCUAA